GGGGCCGGGGCCGGGAGCGGCGGGCGGCGGCGGCGCCCCUUCUUCAGGUGUUGCGGCCGCUUCCACGUCGCCAGCCGCCGCGGCUUCCGCGCGCCCCGCGGCCUCCCGCGUCCCGAGCGCCGGCCCUCGGCGCGCGCGCGCGGCCAUGGCGGGCCCGGGCCCGGGGGACCCGGACGAGCAGUACGAUUUCCUGUUCAAGCUGGUGCUGGUGGGCGACGCGAGCGUGGGCAAGACGUGCGUGGUGCAGCGCUUCAAGACGGGCGUGUUCUCGGAGCGCCAGGGCAGCACCAUCGGCGUCGACUUCACCAUGAAGACGCUGGACAUCCAGGGCAAGCGGGUCAAGCUGCAGAUCUGGGACACGGCUGGCCAGGAACGCUUUCGCACCAUCACCCAGAGCUACUACCGCAGUGCCAACGGGGCCAUCCUGGCCUAUGACAUCACCAAGAGGAACUCGUUCCUGUCGGUGCCCCACUGGAUCGAGGACGUGAGGAAGUACGCGGGCUCCAACAUAGUACAGCUGCUGAUCGGGAACAAGUCGGACCUGGGCGAGCUCCGGGAGGUGCCGCUGGCCGAGGCGCAGAGCCUGGCAGAGCACUACGACAUCCUGUGCGCCAUCGAGACGUCGGCCAAGGACUCGAGCAACGUGGAGGAGGCCUUCGUGCGCGUGGCCACGGAGCUGGUGAUGCGGCACGGCGGGCCUCUGCUCAGCGAGAAGACCACUGACCACAUCCAGCUGGACAGCAAGGACAUCAGCGAGAGCUGGGGCUGCGGGUGCUGACGGGUGCGGGGCCGGCAGGCAGGGCCUCCCCCUCCCCUGCCCCCACUGGCCUGCCAAGCCCAGCCCCCCACCCCGCACCUGCGCCACUCGGGCCGCUGGAUAAAGUCAUGGAAUGAACCUUCCCACGGCCUGGGUGCUUGAUGGACAGCUCCCCUUCUGGGAAGAUGCAGGAUGCCGCUGGCAGGAGGCCCACUGGCCCCUCCUGCCCGCCGGCGGCUGUGCCCCUGCGUCCUUUACAUUUCAUACCCCCCUAGAGGGCAGUGGGAGAGAGGCCAGGAGCCGGCCUCCCCCUCCGCAGGGCUCUGUCCCACGUUCCCCAUGGCGCUCCAGCGGCAACAGGUGACCACUCACCCGGGCACGUGGCUGCCGUCUCUGGCUUUUCCAGAACUUUCCAGGGCCAGAGCGAGCCGUCCAGUCACCCUGGGUCCUGAGCACAGCCCGGGGCAGCGCUGCCUCCUUCGGGAGAGGAGCCUCUUCCUUCUUCACUGCCAGUCUGAGCUCACAGACGCCCUGGGGCCGGCUCCCCACCUUAGCGACACCUCUUGAGUUUUCUAGUUUCCGUGUGGCUUCUCUUUGCCUCGGCCCAAGUGUGGGGUCAGGGCCUGCCGCCAAGCAGGGACGGUCAGCGGGCCGCGGGCCCACAGUUUGGCCUCUCAGGUUGCAAAACCAGCCCAUUCCUCAGCUCUCAGAACCCGGGCUGCGGGCACGCAGGAGCAGAGGGUGGGCCGUGGCGGGCAGAGGAAAAGCUGGUGCCCCAGACGCUCCCAGGGCACCCUUCCAACAAUCUACAGUGACCCUUCCUGCCAGGUGGGGGGCCUGAGUGCCCCGCUCCAUUCCCAGUCCAGCUUGGAGUGUCCUUGGCGGUCCCCACCCCCUCCCCCCACUCCAGACCCUGCCAUUCCGAUGUCAUGGGGCUCACGGAGGCAGGAGUGUUCCCCCAGCAACCCCCGGCCCCCUGUGUCAGCCCCUCCAGCACCUCAGGCCCCUCACUUUGGGGUCCCCAAGAAGACUCAAGGCAGGGGCCAGGCCACGCGGGAAGGGCCCCGGCUCCACAGCCUCUUGCCUCACUUUCCAAGCAUCACGGCCCAGACCCUCCAUUCUAUGCACAGGGCUCUUCCGGUCCCCAGGGCAGGGCCCCCUGAGACGGAGCAGGAGGGCGCCCAGAGCCGGGAGUGGGGUUCUGUUCUGGGGAUGAGGACCACUGUGGGCCCCAGCGGGUGGGUGUUGGAUUUUCUCCUCAGCACCCCCCCUCCCCCGCCAUGCCCAUGCCGGGCUGUUUCCUGAGCUUGGAGGUACGGUCACGCUGGAGUGGGGCCCCGGUCUGGCCCAGGGUGGAGUCCUGAAGCCCUCAGCCCAUCUUCCAGGGGCUCUUUGGGCCAAGCUGACCUUUCCCCUGAGGGCCAGGUGAGAAGAACAGCCCGUGCACCCACCCUGGUGGGGAACACCAGAGCCUGCACCCAGGCUGAGCCCUGGACACCAGGAUUGGCUACAUCCCGGUUUCUGGCCAAGCACAGAGUGACCCCUCCUUCCGACCUGUCCCUCCCACCCCAGUCUGGGAAGCCCGUGCCUUAGGGCUGAGGAGGCCCCUGGCCCACUCUUUGUCCCCUUGGCCAUUGAGAUACGCCCCUAGUCCACAGAGACCCGAAGCCCUUCCAGGAGGCAGGGGAGAUGGCCCAGCCCCUGGGUGCACCAGCCACCAAGGAUGCGCCACGUCCUCCCUCCCACAGUCCCAGGCUGGGGGCAUGAGCCCUGGUGUGUGCCACCCUCCAUGCCCAGGCAACCUACCUGGGCGUCACUGGGAGACCCAGGUCAUCCCAGCCUGUCACACUGGGGGUCCCUGUCAGAGUUGCCCCAUCCCUCCCUGGGUUCCUUGCAGACUUUGAUCCCUGGCCCGCGCUGUCCACGGUAGGCCUGCGUGACCAUCCUGGGCCUGUCCCACUGCGUGUUUCACCUGUCUGUGACCCCAGUCCUUGGGCUGCUGUCAUUCCUCAAUCCCAGCGAUAGCUCUCCGACUAUGCCCCCCUUCCCCAGCACCCCCUCUCUCCCGACCCCCCUUUUACUCAGUCACUCAGUGCUCAGUGACCAGCUGGCAUCACUGCCUCUGACCGGAGGGGACCCUGGUCUGGCCUGGCCUGCCGCCUCCUGCCAGCCCCUACUCUGAUGCUGGAUGCGGCCCCCUGGGGGGACCCAGCAGGCCGGAGCCUCAUCCCCUCUAGACCUUACCCACGAGCCAUAGGGACCCAGAUCCUGUCCUGAAGAGUCAUGGGAGAGGCCCAUCCCCUUCCCAGAGCCGAGCUCGUGGUGAUCAGGCCCGGGGCCCAGGGAACGGUUGAGUUUCUGCCUUUGAUUCUAUGAAAAGCCCAAGGGUGGGCACAAGCACAGGGGCCGCUGUGCCCCGGGACCCCCAUCUCCCCACCCAGGGUCCAGCAACAAGGGGAAGACGGGUGCGCGCUGGGGUGGCCCAGGGCGCCCAGCUCCUGCGGGCAGGGGGCAGGAGGGAGCUCCUAAUUCAUAUUGAAUUCAGUUACUCUCUCCCCAGGAGGGCUGUGGAGGGACCCGGCUCGGAGUCUGGGGGGCCCUGUUGGCCUGGACUGUUGAGGGGGGGGUGCAGCCCAGCGAUGCCAUUUGCAUUGGGGAAUUUUUCACGUUACCUAUUUAUGAAUAUAUAAAUCUUUAUAUCAAAUCUAUUUUUUAAAACAUGGUCAAGUUGCCUUUCCAGAGCGAAGCAGAGCCAGAAUGACACAUUCCUAAAUCAUUAAACUGAUUGCUCCAAUGA